AUGUCGACAGAAGCACGCGAAGCCAAGAAAGCUCUGCGCAAUGAUAUCAAGGCCCGCCUGUCUCAUCUACCAGAAGAAGAAGUAACACGACAAUCAACCACAGCACAAAACCUCAUCCUCUCCCUGCCGCAAUAUCAUGAAGCAAAAACCCUAAGCAUCUACCUCUCCAUGCCCUUAAGCGAAGUCCGCACCGAUCUCCUCGUCCGCGAUGCUUUGGGCAAGGGGAAAAGGGUCUUUGUUCCUUAUAUCCACUCUGUGCCACCACCACCAAAGGAAACUCAUGUAGGGAAUACAAGGGAUGAGUAUGAGGGGCUGGGGAGGGAUGGAUGGGGGAUCCCGCAUUUAUCCGCUGCCGGGAUUGAGGAGAGGGAGAAUGGUAUGGGUGGGGUUGGGACUUCGUUGGGCACGGAUGGGAAGUACGGUGGCGGAGGUGAGAGUGGAGGUGGUUUAGAUCUCAUCGUCCUCCCCGGUGUAGCUUUCGAUUCAGCGAUGAGCAGGAUGGGUCAUGGUGCGGGCUUCUACGAUAGCUAUCUGACUCGCUUUUGUGCGGAUGGAAAGCGUAGAAGGCCUUUCUUGGUUGGGUUGUGUCUGGCCGAACAGAUCCUACCGCCUGGCGAGAUCAUGAUGCAGGAGUGGGAUUGGAGGGUUGAUGCUGUUGCUGUGGGCGAUGGGAGGUUGUUGACCUCGAGCAGUGUUGCAUGA